AUGAAGAGGAAUGGAGACAUUGCAUCUCUUUUUCGGAAACAUGCAGCAAAGAAGAUUGCCUCUUCUUCGUCUCCUUCUCCAGUUGCGGCUGUGGCGGAAGAGCAAACUCAAGAACAAGAAAGCACGUCAAAGCAAGAGAGAGUAAUUGAAGAAAUUGUGAAUCUGAUGCCAUCUUCUCCACCUUCGGUUCCACUUGAAGAUGUCUCACCACCGCCACCGAUUUAUGAUAUUAAUCGCCUUCCACAUGAUCCUGUAGAAAGAUUGCCCAUUACAAGAUUGGUAUUCCGUGGACAUGCUGAAAAUGAAGAGUCUAGCAAUAGAGAAAACUUCCUUGAACUUUUGAAAUGGCUUGCAGCAAAUGGUGAAGAGGUGAAUAAGUAUGUUUUGAAGAAUGCUCCAGAAACUAGAAAGCAAAUUAUUGAAGAACUUGGUGAUGAGCACUAUGCUAUUCUAGCUGAUGUGUCUAGUGAUGUAUCACAUAAAGAACAACUAGCUCUUUGCUUGCGUUAUGUUGAUAGACUGGGAAGGCCAUGUGAGCACUUUCUUGGAGUUGUUCAUGUAGAUGAUACUACUUCUUUAUCACUUAAGGAAGCAAUUCAAGCUUUACUUGUUAGUCACCAUUUGACUAUAACUCAAAUCCGUGGUCAAGGUUAUGAUGGAGCUAGCAACAUGAAAGGAGAGAUUAAAGGGCUAAAAAUAUUGAUCAUGAAAGAGUCACCUUCUGCUUAUUAUGUCCAUUAUUUUGCACAUCAACUCCAACUAGUUCUUGUUGCUGUUGCCAAGGAAAAUGAUGAUUGUGUGUGGUUUUUUGAUCAAGUAUCUCUCUUGCUGAGUAUUAUUGGAGUUUCUUGUAAGCGUCAUGGCAUGCUUCGAAAUGUUAGACUUCAGAAUAUCUUCAAAGCACUUGAAUGUGGUGAACUAGAAACUGGGAGUGGAUUAAAUCAAGAAAUGGGUGCACACUUGAUGCUUGUUAUUCUUGGAUACACAAAUGAUUUGUCCCAGUGUUUGCAAAGAAGAGAUCAAGAUAUUCUUAAUGCAAUGUCACUUGUUAGUUUGGCAAAGAGUAGAAUGCAACAAUUGAGGUCUGAUGGGUGGGAUGCAUUCCUUCAAAGGGUCACUUUGUUUUGCAACAAACAUGGCAUCGAAGUUCUUGCAAUGGAGGGUAAUUAUGUGCCUUAUGGAAGAUCAACACGGUUUGCUCGAAACCAAACAAAUGAUGACCAUUUUAGAAGAGAAGUAUAUAUUGGGGUCAUUGAUCAAAUUAAUCAAGAGCUUGACAGUCGGUUUGAUGAGGUUAAUAUGGAGUUGCUUUCUUGUAUGUCGGCUUUGAAUCCUGCCGACUCAUUUGUUUCUUUUGAUGCAGACAAGGUACGUAGACUUGCUGAGUUUUACCCUAAUGAUAUUUCAAGCAUCGACUUGAUACGACUUGAAAUGCAACUUGAUAACUAUAUUGAUGACAUGAGGAGAGAUGAUAGCUUCAAAGGCAUAGACAACCUUGUUGAGCUCUCAAUUAAGCUUGUUGAAACAAAGAAAGAUAAAGUUUAUGAUUUGGUGUACUUGCUUCUCAAAUUGGUAUUACUUCUACCGAUGGCAACGGCAAGUGUUGAAAGGGUAUUUUCUGCAAUGAGUUUAGUCAAGAGUAAGUUGAGAAAUAGGAUGGGUGAUAGUGUUUUGGAUGAUUGUCUAGUCACGUUCAUUGAGCGAGAUAUUUUCUUCAAAGUGAAUGAAGAUGAUAUAAUCGAGACUUUCAUGUCCAUUAGAAGAUGUAAGACCAACAAGAAUUAG